CUGCCACACCAUGCGUUUUGGCGGGUCCGGUCAAAACGCAUCCGGUCGACCGGAUUAACGACUCACAAGAGUUCUUAUUCUAGAUGUCACACUAGUGCGUUUUGUCGGGACCUGACGAUUCCUGCCGCUCGAUGACCGCAACAUGUUGCGGUCGGGCGGGAAACAAGUUGGCAGGACGUGUCAUCAAAACACAUAAUUUUAUAUCGUGUAUGCCACACUAUGCGUUUUGGCCGCUGCGUUUUUUGAAAAUUUAUGAAAAUUUAUUAUUUAUUAAACACAUAAUUAAUAAUUAUAAUAAAUUAUAUAUUACAUAAAUAUAGUAGGAACUUGAUAAUUGAUUACUUAUUUCAUUUUAAGUGUUUUUUUUUGAUAAUUUUUAAAAUAUCUAAAAUAAUGGUUUUUGAUACGGAUAAAUUUAUAUCUUGUAUUCAAAAUAACCCUUCCAUAUGGGAAAUUGGAUCAAAAGAUUAUAUGGAUAGGAACAUAAAACAACAAAGUUGGAACACGAUUGGCGAAUACAUGUUUGAAAAUUGGAGUGAGCUUGAAGAGCGUGCAAAACAAAAUAAAGUGACAGACUUGAAAACCAAAUGGAGACACAUAAGAGACCAUUACUCAAAAUUUAUAAAUCAGGGGAAAAGUGGUGAUAGUGCUAAAAAAAAAAAAUAUGUAUAUGCAGAAUCACUCUCAUUUCUGCAGCAUGUAAUCAAAAAGAGAAGAACGACAGGUAAUUUUGAUGAAAAUGUACAUGAAGAAGGAGAAGGAGAAAAUAUCAGCGGAGAAGAUUCGUCACACGAGCUAGAGAUAUAUGAUGAAACUAUACCAGCUCAAUCGGAUAGAUAUUCUACUCCAAAAAGUAAAAAACAAAAUAAAUGCAAGGUACAAAAAAUAACACAAUUUCAAAGAGAAUUAUUAAAAAAUUUAUCUACUUCCGAGGAAGAUGUCACAUCUGAUCCUGAUAAGGCAUUUUUAUUUUCCUUAUUACCCGAUUAUAAACGUCUUAACUAUGAGCAAAAAACAGAUUUUCGUCUCAUGACUUUACAGUAUUUUAGGAACAUAUCAUUAGGAUCUAAUCAAUUACAACCAACUCCGCCAUCUUAUAACAUUAAUCAAAACACUACUCGAAUUCCCCCGAUCCAAACUCAAUAUUCAAAUGUAUAUUCUUCAGAGUUCAACCCUGGUUUGGGGUACAAUCAAAAUCAUAAUCUUAUGCCACAACGCCCACAACCCUUGCCAUAUACUAGCUCAUAUAAUUAUACAUCUGAUCAAUCUCAACAACCUAAUACCAGUGGAGAAAUGUACGGAAAUUUUGAUAUUAUAAAUAAGUAGAGGUAGGUAAUAAUAUUAUAUUUACUGCAAUUUAA